AAAUAACACAAUUUGUGUCAUUGUUUGAAUUGUGCAAAAAUAAUGCCAGGAACAUGUACUAAGUUGUGACAGUUUUGAUUUCAUGUUGAUUAUAUUGAGACUUAUUAACAAGACACAGUAAAGGAAUUGAACAAAUGAACAUGAAUUGACGUGAAUAAGGUACCAAACCUCACAAAACACAACCUUGCCAAACCAAAACAAACCCAGAGCUGCUACAACGCUACUGUAUGCGUGUGCCGCUUGUGUGUAGACGUUCACAAAGCAAGUGUUGCGCACACAAACUGUACACACCGGGACUCAAUUUAAGUUUUAUUCACACCCUUCGCUAACACCUCCUCUCCCCCAGCACCUCACAUAUUCUCUCUUCAUCUCACAUCUCUCUUCUCACACUCCAUCCAUACCACCAGUCCUCAUUCUUCUCUUCUCUCUCAACACUCCCUACGUUUUUCCCCAUCAGUAAUUGGAUUCUAUUUUAAGGCAGCUAUAUGUGUCUGUCUCUUGUGUUUGUGUCUCACACCCUCUUUUCCUGGUCUCUCUCUUCCUCUGUCUCUCUUUCUUGCCUACAUCUUGUUCUCGACUAUGCUUGUUUUGCCCCCUGGUGUUUGUCCUGCAACUACCUGAUGCCCUUUACCAGCUUAACCAGCUUAACCAGUUCAGCUGGUGCCAGUCAUGCCCUAUGCCAGCUCAUUAAUGUCUACAUGAAACUAAAUUUGUCCCGGUUUACUUUAUUAAUACAUGUUCCUUGUCCUACUGUGAAGGGUGAAAGGAAAAAAUGUUAACAUAAGACACUGAAUAAGAAGAUAAUAUUAACUAAUAGUCAAAUAGAUAUUUAGUCAUUGUUUUAGGCUACUGUUGCACGUAAUACAGCCUUUAUAAAGUCUUGACAACUACAUUUCAUGUAAAAAGCAUAAAUUACACACCUAAUGUUCCCUUUAUUAUGAUGCAAAACCAUUAAAAAUAUCUCCUGUGAAGUGAAAAGUGAGAAAUUCUUGAAUGUUUCUGCAACCAAAAUUUUAUUCGUCACAUUGUAUUUGAAGGCAGCAUUUCCUUAUAAAUUAUCCUGUUUCACAUAAAAGUAUGUCACAUUACAGAAGUAAAAUGGGAUGUGAAUGCCUUUUCAUGCUGAGUUUAAUAUCAGGAUGGUUUUCCUCCACUGGAGCAAGUUUUUGUUAUGUACCAUAAACUUUUUAUUACAUUCAGCUCUAAAUCACUCUGAAAUGUUUUUAAUUAAUUCUUUAAAAUGUUCACUGACAGGCACUGUCAAAACAAAAUGUGCAAAAAAAUUAUCUUUGGGGUAAAGCAGCCUGACACUUGUCACCGAUCUACUCUUAAAAGGUGCACAUUAGUACAUUAGAGUAGUAAAAUGUACCAUUAAGGUGCGAGUAUGAACCUUUUAGGGAUAAAUAGGGUUCAAAGAUGUCCCUUUAAGGCAAGGAUGUCCAAACCUGCUCCUGGAGGGCCAACGUCCUGUAUAGUUAAGCUCCAACUUUCCCCAAUACACCUGCCUAGCAGUUUCAAGCCUGAAGACCUUGAUUAGCGGGUUCAGUUGUGUUUAACUGGGCUAAGGGCUAAACUCUGCAGAACAGUGGCCCUGGACACUCCUCCUUUAAGGAUAUUGCCCCAGUGACAAGCUGUUGUACCCUAAAGGUACAGUUUGUGCACAUUUUGUCUGAGAGUGUGGGAUUGCUGUGAUUGGGCAAGCUGGAUAUAAAAGCCAGUGAAUCUUUAAAGGAAUCAUGUUUUCAGCUCAGGUGAAACUCAUUGUGAAGUUUCCAAGGUGAAUUUGACACAGUUUUGAGAUCAGAGUGAAACAGGGCUAAUAAGCGAAAUGGAGGGAUGUAAUUGCAAAGGGAGGGGUGGAGAGGACAAAAGAAUGACGGAUGAGCCAGCGUAGUUGGUUGGCUGCUGAACGGACACAGGGGGCCGUGGUGUUACUUAAAACGAGUGUCGCAAGAAACGACAUGCAAAGUUAAGAGAAGAAAGGGAGGAAAGGAAUGUGUGAAGAUGGGAGGCUCUCAGCAGACCAAAAAACAGUCUCCCGGAAGAACCGGUGGUGGCCGACUGACGCCACACACGCCGCGGCACACACAUGCGCACGGUCGUUCAGGGCAGACGCGUCACAUGCCGAGAUCCAGUCAGGCACGCACGGGAGCGGGCCGCAAGCAGGCCGCACACACCUCCCAGACACAUGCGCACGCUCACCGCUCGCUGUCGGCUCAAGGAAGUCACGCUCGGGCCGGGAACGGACACGCACACUUGCAGACGCAUGCAGACCAGGGCGGCUGUGGUCUCUUCUGCUACCUGUGUUACGGUGGCUACUGCCUCUGUUUGACGCUUAUUUCCUUUUUUCUCCUUCUCCUCCUCUCCCCACCUACACCUCGCACUCCGCAUCCUCCUCCUCCUUCUUCUCCUCCCGCUUCUCUACCCCCUUCUCCUUCGGACGACACCAUCUGUUCAUUGUCCUUUUCUUCUCUGGCUGUUCCGUUCUGCCCUCAUCCAUCCCUGAACCUCUCAUCCUCCUCUAUUUCUCCGUUAUCACCUCUCCUGUCUUUGACCGACUCCCUGACUCUCCUUCACCCGGAUUCCAAACUCUUUCCUUUCAACCUGUCGUCUCCUCUUCCUCCAUGCCCAUCUGUGUCCCCUGCUCCUCCUCCGACCCCUUCCAAAUCCUCCUUGGAUCCUUCUCCUCGUCCCCGCCCUUUUGCUCUUGUCCCACCUUCUCUCCUCCUCCUUCCUCGUCCCUCCCUCUGUCGCUCCCACCCUUCUUCGUCUCGCUCUUUGCCCUCUCUCCUGCUCUGCCCACACAGUUUGUCCGACCAUGCCCUCUCCUCAGUUGAGACCUUGGACAACAUCCCAUCUAUGGGGGCGAUGCCUCGGCCCCGCACAUUGCUGCGUCAGCAGAGCCUCCAGCAACCCUUGAUCCAGGCCCCAAGUUUGGACAGCAGACCACCCAUCUCUCAGAGUCUGGGUCAGCUGCACACCCAGCCGGGUAGCGGAGGGGGCGGAGGCGCGGGGCCUGGGGGAGGGGGCGGGGCUGGCUCAAGGAGUUCCAGGGGCGUCCCAGCAGGUGGCGGAGCUUCACGUUAUAGGCCAGGAGGUGCUGAGGGGCAGGCCUCUGGUGGGAACCCUGGCAGUGUGGAUCACAUGAUGGGUCAGAUGAAGAAACGAGGCCUGGACGUUAAAUCCUUCCUGGAAGGAAAAAUGGUGGUUCUCUCUCUCGCGAUCGGAUUGGCCGAGCAGGACGACUUUGCCAAUCUGCCAGACCUACAGGAAGAACCACCCAGCCAAGAAACCCCUCCUGACAAGAGUAGGAAUAUGGGGAAUAAGCCAGUUAACAGUCCUAAGGGUCAGCCGCCAGACGCCGACGGCCAUUCCUCAGUGUCUGACCUUGCCAACUCGCUCACUGGAGACAUGGUGAUGUUGUCUCCGGGGUCAGAAGACGACGACCACGAGGGCCCAGUGAGCGAGAAACUGGGCAGGAUUCAGUUCAGCUUGGGCUACAGCUUCCAAGACACGACUCUGACGGUGAAGAUACUCAAAGGUCAAGACCUGCCCGCUAAAGACUUCUCUGGGACGUCCGACCCCUUCGUCAAAAUCUACCUGCUGCCUGACAGAAAGCACAAACUCGAGACCAAAAUCAAGAGGAAAAAUCUCAACCCUCACUGGAACGAAACCUUCCUGUUUGAAGGGUUCCCGUAUGAGAAGGUGCGGGAGCGAACGCUGUAUCUCCAGGUGCUGGAUUACGAUCGGUUCAGCCGUAACGACCCGAUCGGAGAGGUCUCGAUUCCUCUGAAUAAAGUGGAGCUCGGACAGCUGAAGACGUUCUGGAAGGAUCUCAAACCCUGCAGUGAUGGCAGCGGAAGUCGUGGAGAUCUGCUGCUGUCUCUGUGUUAUAACCCCACUGCCAACACCAUCACUGUAAACAUCAUAAAAGCUCGCAACCUCAAAGCCAUGGACAUCGGGGGCACCUCAGACCCGUAUGUAAAAGUAUGGCUAAUGCACAAAGACAAGCGAGUGGAGAAGAAGAAGACAGUCACCAUCAAACGCUGCCUGAACCCCAUCUUUAACGAGUCCUUCCCUUUUGACGUGCCCGCACAUGUUCUCCGAGAGACCACCAUCAUCAUCACCGUCAUGGACAAGGAUCGACUGAGCCGCAACGAUGUCAUUGGAAAGAUCUACUUGUCAUGGAAGAGCGGUCCUGCCGAGGUCAAACACUGGAAGGAUAUGUUGAGCCGGCCACGCACAAACGUGGCACAAUGGCACGCCCUCAAAGCCUGAUUCACCCUCUCCAUUCCCUCCUCGAACCCCAUCUGACCUUUGACCCGAAACCCCGUCCUUAUGCACAAGACUAACUUGCUGCCAGACGGCACAACACGGGUACUUUUAGCCAUCCACUCUUGUAACCUUUAACCUAUGAGCUUCUCUCUCCACUUUGGUCUUUAUUUACUCUGGUAACAUGUAGUCCAAAUGCCUGCUUAUUAACUAAUUACGCCAACGGUUCUUUUGUGCAUUAGCAUCCGUUCUGGACUGGAUAGUCGCUAAGUCCAACAAAGCCAUUUAAAGAUGCCCUGAGAGCGUUCGCGCCGCAACUUCACGUUACCAGGAUGACGUUUCCUUCCUGUUUUGGUUUUAUAGCCCUAUUCCCUUGUGUUCCUCAGGCUGGAGAGGUCUGACAUCUUUUGGUCUCAUCAAACCUCGCGUCUAGACCCGGAGGCUCAUGGGAGCUCAUUUGGUUGACUUUAAAUUGGCCACUGCUGAAACGGAUCGGGUCGCAGGAACUCUGGGAGUUGUAUUUUUCCAGUUCUCAGACAUCCCGUGCGAGUAAUUAAAGCCAUGAGGGAAAACGAGACACCCUCUUUCCAUUAGCAGCCUCUCGGUUGUUUUAGUCUCCAUUUAUAGUUGUUUUUCUCGAAAUCCCUGACCUCUCCAAGUCUUUUUCUGCGUCUUUCCCACUAGACCUGAUUUUCCGUAUCUUUGUUCCUUCCUUCUCGUUCUCUCUCUCUCUAUCUAUCCUCUCUUUUGACUUCUAAGUAAACAGCUCCAAUUGGUUCAGCUGAAAGCCGCAGACAUUGAAACCUUACGCCAUCUGGAGACUUAAAGACAGCAAAAUGAACUCCAUCCUCGUCUCUUUUGCUUUUUUUCUCUGUGGUUUCUCUUUAUCGCUGGCACAAUAUUAGUCCCUCUUUUUCUUGGGAUUCUUUGUCGUCUGUGUGCUGUGAGUGACGUGUCGUAUAUCCAACCGAAAUAUCAUUAAAAAACACUAACCACCAGGCCGGAAAAA